AUGGAGCGCAACGUCCAGCACCUCACCCUCAAUCUCUCCGCCAUCUCCAACCACCGGGUGGCCAAGCCAGCCGCCCCUUCUCCGAAGCAGAAGCCGGCCAACAAGACCAGAGCAGCGGCUGCGCUGGCGCGUCGCGACCGCCUGAUCGCGAGAGACACGGCCGAGCGCCUUCGGUCCCACGAGCAGACCGCCAAGAUCCCCAAGCAGCAGCAGCAGAGCCAGCAGCACGGCCUCCCCAUCAUCUCGAAGACCGAGAAGGCCCCAGAGAGCCACAUCGGCCUGACCAGGGACUUCCAGAUGGACCCGCCGUCGGGGUUCCGACGGCACAUCUGCCCGUACGGCAUCCCGCUCACGCGGCCUCUCGAGACGCUGUGGUCUUCUCGUGCCAGAGUAGCCGUGGCAAUGCGGGUGUUGGCGUUCCACUCGCGCGGGAGACGGGGUCAGCAGUGA